UUAUACAAGUAACACUGUGCAAAUGAGCUUUUUAUUCGAUUUAUUGAGAAACGCAUUUCUCGGGAUGUUGCAACUGUUGUGGUUCGGCAAGCGGAAGAUAUCGAACUCCCUGAGCAUAUACAUCAAGACGAAUACGGGGAGCACGCUCUCCGUUGAGUUAGACCCAAAAUGGGAUAUAAAGAAUCUGAAGGAGAUUGUUGCGCCCCGAAUGGGGAUGGCGCCGGAAAAUAUUAAGAUUAUAUUUGCAGGUAAAGAACUGCAUAAUUCGACUAUAAUAGAGGAAUGCGACUUGGGUCAGCAAAGUAUCUUACACGCAGUGCGGACACCUAAUAGGAUGCCUAAUAAAAGACAGAGCACUGCAAGUCUCAUAGAGGAAUCCACGUCAGAGACGUCCGAUGUGAACGACAGCGGUAGCAAGCCUAUGAACGAGACGCUUAUGGAUCUGCCGUUGGACGAGUCGGAUCAACAUAAUUUGCCCGCGGAAGAGCAGCAGGAAAAUCGAGCACACUUUUACGUAUACUGCUCGGCACCGUGUAAAGAUGUGAAAAUGGGUAAACUGAGGGUCAAGUGUGCGAGAUGCGGCAGUGGCGCUGUCACCGUCGAUAAAGAUCCCCAAUGUUGGCCAGACGUGCUGCAGCCGAGGAGGAUAACUGUGCAUUGUGAGAACGACUUUUGCCCUGUAGCUGCAAACACGCUCAGUGAGGAAACAGAAUCUCAAGUCACGUACGCUCGCUUCUAUUUUAAAUGCGCGAAACAUCCCAGUCUAGGAGAGAACGACGAAGCUGUACCCCUUUAUCUCAUCAAGCCGAACUUGAGCAACGUUCCCUGUCUGGCGUGUACGGAUGUCAGAGAGACUGUGUUAGUAUUCCCGUGCGAAGCUGGUCACGUAACUUGUCUCGACUGUUUCCGCGAAUACUGCACAGUUCGCCUGCAUGAGCGGCGAUUCGAGUUCGACACCAGCGAGGGAUACUACACCUUGCCGUGCCCCGCUGGAUGCACCAAUUCCUUUAUCCGGGAAGUCCAUCACUUUCAUCUUCUCGAUAAAGAACAGUACGAGAGGUAUCAGAGAUUUAGUACAGAAGAAUACGUUUUACGGGCCGGUGGCCUACUGUGUCCAAGACCAAACUGUGGCAUGGGCAUUAUACCGCCUCCUAUGAAAGACGAUGAGGAAUGUCGAAGGAUUCAGUGUAUCAGUGGAUGUGGUUAUGUUUUCUGCAGAAUUUGUUUGCAAGGAUUUCAUCUAGGAGAAUGUGAAUUGUCGACGUCAGAACCGUCCACAAGUGUCUUUUCUUCCAAGCAUUAUUCAGUGGACCCACUGAAAGCUGAUGAAGCUAAAUGGGACGAGGCUACUAAACGGACAAUACAGGUAUCUACAAAACCUUGUCCUAAAUGUAGAACUCCGACUGAAAAAGCUGGUGGUUGCAUGCACAUGGUUUGUACAAGAGCAGGAUGCGAUUAUCAGUGGUGCUGGGUAUGUCAAACAGGAUGGACUAGAGAAUGCAUGGGUAAUCAUUGGUUUGCGUAAUGUAUUACCUUGGAAAUAUCAUGCGAUAUUUUUGAAUUAUAUAAAUAUUAUAUCAAGGAGAAUUAUUGAUAUUAUGUAAUAUAUAUUGUAUAUUCUAUAUUCA